AAAGCAGUUGCAUUCAUAGCAGCAAUUAUGUUCAUCAUCUUGAACCUAACCGGUCACUGCUAUGGUGAUCUCCAGUUUGGGUUCUACAAUGGAAAGUGUCAAAGUUCAGACGUUGAAGAUAUUGUAAGAAGAACGGUUGUCGCUAAAUUCUUUUCCGACAAAACGAUCGCCCCAGCUCUCAUUAGAAUGCAGUUUCAUGAUUGCUUUGUGAAUGGGUGUGAUGCGUCAAUUCUACUAGACGGAAACAACUCUGAGAAAACCGCAUCUCCAAAUUUAAGCGUUAGGGGCUACGAUGUGAUUGAUGAUGCAAAAGCCGCGGUGGAGAGAGUGUGUCCAGGGGUGGUUUCUUGUGCUGACAUUAUCGUUAUGGCUACAAGAGACGUUAUUUCAUUGAGUGGUGGAGGUAGAUACAAUGUCCAAACUGGAAGACGAGAUGGGACAGUGUCUCUUGCGCAAAACACCGCAAGCCUCCCAUCUCCUUCUACAUCGGUAUCAAGUGCAAUUCAAGCUUUUGCUAGUAAAGGACUAAAUGCGACCGACAUGAUCUAUCUUCUUGGUGGUCACACUAUUGGAGUUACUCAUUGUUCUUUUAUUAAUGAUCGCCUUUACAACUUCAAGAACACUGGGAAACCAGACCCCAACAUGGAUUGGGAGCUGUUAACAUCACUGAGACGUACAUGUCCUCAGAAUGCAGCAGUAGAUCGUGCUAUAAACUUGGAUCAAAACCCUUUUAGCUCUUCAGUGGUAGACAAAUCUUUCUACAAUCAGAUUAUGCUUCGUAGGGGAGUUUUUCAGAUUGAUCAAGAGUUGGCAAUUGAUAGUUUGAGUAAGCCCACGGUUGCGGCCAUUGCUAGUUCCUCUGAUUUCACAACCAAGUUUGGUCAAGCCAUGGUUAAGUUGGGUGCCAUCCAAGUUCUUACAGGAACACAAGGAGAGAUAAGGAGGUCAUGCCGAGCAGUCAACGGACCAACAUGGCCUUCUUUAUUUAAUUGAUAUAAAAUAUCAUGUGUUUAUUUGUAAAAUUAUGCCUGUUAUCAGUUAUCUGAUUUCAUGAGUUUAAGAAUUAAAAUACAUAUUUGAUUGAUUAUUAUUAGGUA